CAUCUCCUUGGCAGAGGCAGAUCCGGCAGCUCUCAGGCAACAGCCGUGAGCCACCAGCCCCAGGUCCAUUUCCUGGCAGGAGAGGGGCCAGCAGCAGGCAGGGGAGCAGCUGCUGAGCCAGCCACAGAUGCCAAGCAGAGCUGGGAGAGAGCAAAGGAGCCAAGCACCAGCAAUGCCUGGCAAUGCAGCACUCAGACAAACCCGUGACGUAUUCCAGCGAGCACCCAGUUAAGGCCCUGUGGGUGGCAGCAGGAUUUGAAAGCCCACUGGCUUGGCAGGGGGGUUAUAGGGAAAGUUGGGGUGCAGAUGGGGGGGGGGCGCUAGGGUCGCUCUGCCCCUGUGAUCUGAAAAGCAGGAAGCUUUUCACCCAGUCAUAGUUUUUAAAUCAACACUUUGUUGCCCCAAGAGCUGGUGGUUUUAAAGGGGGCUGGUUGGCCUGGCUGGUUUGUUCUUACCUGGGGCUGUGACAAAGGGAGAGGCAAAGGUGCCUUUGCAAAGAGCCUCCCCGCUUGCAAUCAGUGGCUCUGCGGGGCUGUCUGAGUGCUAGGGUUUGGCAGUCAGCGGAGAGUGGUUUGAAUUUGCCUUUCCUGUGUCCCAGCUGGUUGGAUGUGAUGUUUACAAGGGGCUGAUCAACCUGGGCUGGGGAAAUCUGCUUUCAGACUUGCAAGCCCAGCACCAAGCUGCCCGGUUCUUUCGAUGGAAAACCAGAGGAUGCUAAAGACACAGGAGCCCUGCGCUAGCCUCGGCAGCGGACUGAGCGAGCUGGUAGGGAACAGGAAGCUGAUGGUUUUGGGAGCCCUGUUAGCCUGGUUAUUAGUCGUCCACUUGCUGGUUAACAUCUGGCUGCUUUGCCUCCUCUCCGGCUUGCUGGCGGUGUUGGGGGGAUGGCUGGGUUCCCAGGCCAUCAUCAGCACCCGCACCCGGCUCCACUUGGAAAGGUUCGUCCUGCUGGAGAGCUGCCCACAGAGCCCCGAGGCGGAGAGGCAGCUGGACGAGGAGAUUGACCGUAUGAUCCAGAAGAUCAUCCGGGACUUUGUGUCCUCGUGGUACCGGACAGUUAGCAGCGAGCAGGGCUUCGAGGACGAGGUGAGGAAGGCCAUGACAGGCCUGGCCCUAGAGCUCAAAAGGAGGAUGGCACUGGUGGACAAGCAAGCCUUGACCCAUAAGAUUCUCUUGCUUUGUGGUUGCCACUUGCAAAGCUACAUGAAAGCAAGGGAGAGCACGGAGGCUGCAAGGAGCCCGGCGGGACCGGCUCAGCUGGCACACCAGCUCUGGCGAGCGUACGGUGAGCUUUCUGCCCCGCACCCAGCCGUCCAGAGCCCAGCCAUGGAACUGAACUACGCCCGGAGCAUUGUGGACGUGUUGCUCCGGGUGCUGGUGCCCAAGCCUCACCUGGAAACUAGGACUGGGCGCUUCGUGGUGGUGGAGCUGGUCACCUGCAAUGUUCUUCUGCCUAUGAUCAAGAAGAUGUCUGAUCCUGACUGGAUCAACCUGUUACUAAUUGGGAUUUUCUCCAAGAUGGGCAGCAAAGGGGUGAGAAGGGGAAAGGGGGAGGAGCCUCUUUUGGCCGCCUCCCCCUGCCAGCCCGCAGUGCCGAAUUCUUUGCCACUGAAAGUUGUGGCACCAUCUCCAAGGCCUUCGGAGCUCCCCAGUUACGAUGUGGUGGACAGUCUGGAGUGCAACCCUCAAGAGGGGGAAGAGGGGAAGGACCUGUCGAGCGGGGAGCCUGGUGCUGAUGUUGAUGGUAGGAAAGCAGGGAGCACACCCGUGCGCUACCCCCAGCCAGACACUCUGGGCUCCCUCUUCCUGUGUGAGGACUCAGAGCUGGAAUCCCCUAUGUCUGACCUCGGCAAGGACUCGGAUUCUGUGGUGCUCUUGUCCACAGAGGAAUUCCUCACUGACACGUUCCAGGAUUCCUUUGCGGGGCUGGAGGGGCCGGACGGCCUGGACCAAGAGGACGGUGUGGGUGCCAAGGAUGGGUACCUGGAGGAGAGCACUGCCUCUAGCUCUGAAACGAGCGUCCUCCCCUCUGCGCUGGGCCAGUGCCCCGACAUACAGAUCGACCCCGCAGUGGAGAAGGAGGAAAGCUUGGCAUCUGUCACCGUCCUGCUGGCCGAUCCAGAGAAGCCUUUCUCGAGGCGACCGUCCUUUCUGGAGAACCCAGCAAAGAGUCCCCUGGACCCCAGUCAGCCGCCUCUCCCACUCUACUCCUCCCAUACCUUCAGCUUUGAGCCGCUCAGUAGCCCUGACAGCCCAGUCGUCAUCCAGAACCUGCGGAUAACUGGAACCAUCACUGCCCGGGAGCACAGCGGGACCGGGUUCCAUCCCUACACACUCUACACGGUCAAGUAUGAGACAGCGCUGGAGAGUGAGAACGCCAACAGCCUCCAGCAGGUGGCGUACCACACGGUCAACCGGCGCUACCGCGAGUUCCUGAACCUGCAGACCAGGCUGGAGGAGAAACCUGAGCUGCGGAAAUUCGUUAAAAAUGUCAAAGGUCCAAAGAAACUUUUCCCUGAUCUUCCAUUCGGAAACAUGGAUAGUGACAAGGUGGAAGCCAGAAAAAGUCUCCUGGAAUCGUUCUUGAAGCAAUUGUGCAGCAUUCCCGAGAUUGCCAAUAGUGAGCAGGUGCAGGAGUUCCUCGCCCUGAACACGGACGCCAGGAUCGCGUUUGUCAAGAAACCCUUUGUGGUCUCCAGAAUAGACAAGAUUGUGCUCAAUGCCAUUGUGGACACUCUGAAGACGGCAUUCCCCAGGUCGGAACCUCAGAGCCCAACGGAAGAGCUCAGCGAGGCAGAGGUGGAUGGGAAAUCCCAGACGGAUGGGAAGAAGGCUAAUAAGCCCAGGCUGAGGUUCCCGUCCAGUAAAAUUGCUCCGGUGCUGAGCGUGGCCGAAGCACAUGAGAGGAUCCUGUACGGCCUGAGGGAGGCCAGCACUGUCUCUGACCCCUUGUCCCUGGCUGGAAUGGAGUCCUUCAUUCAGAAGCAGGAGAAGUUGCUGGAGGCGACGUCCAGCGAGGCCCCAGAAACUGAGGGGACAGGCCCCACGCAUGUCCUGCAGCAGCCGGUGCGCCAGAAGGAUGACCCUGGUUCUGAGACGCCCCUGGCAGACACGGCUCUGGACCUGCUGCAUCUGCUGAUGGUGGAUCGCUGGAGCUGGCUCUGCACUGAGAACAUGCAGAAGGUGCUGCACCUGCUCUUCGGGUCCCUGAUCCAAAGAUGGCUGGAAGUGCAGGUGACUAACCUGACCUGCACUCAGCGCUGGGUCCAGUACCUCCGAUUGCUGCAGGAAUCCAUAUGGCCCGGGGGAGUCUUACCAGCGGUGCCUAAACCUGUCAGGACGCAGGAGCAGAAGGAGGUGACGGCACAGCAGGCCUUGCAGAGCCUGAUGGGACUCCUUCCUGACUUAAUUCUGGAAAUCCUUGGGACAAGCAGAUGUCGACUGAGCUGGAACCUGGUCCUUGAGUCACUACGUCAACCCAUCAUAAACAGGCACUUGGUUUACCGCCUCUCGGACGUCCUGCUGGAGUUUUUGAUACUUAACAACUCCAGUGAUGAUCCCAAAACAACAACUGUAACUUCAUCUGUCUCUAACAGCCUCGAGACAGCAGGCAUUUCCCCACAUUAACCAGGGCUGCUGUUGCCAGCAGCAAAGAAGAAUGGGCAGCAGAGAAAAGAAUUCACAGGCAUCAGGUCACUGGCAUUCAGUGUUUGCUGGACAGAGCUGGAAGUUUCUUAAUUAACUACCCCAGCCAGUCUGACAUGAGGCUUCUUUCAGGCUUCUCCUUGUUAGCAGGGUGACUGACUAUGCCCAGUGUGAGCAGGUGGAGAUGUUUGUCUGUAACAUAAGUGUCCAUUCCAUAGCUCACGUGAUGGCGAGCAAGGUGCUUCCAGUGGGAAAGCGCCUGAUCUCUCUAGGGGCAAGCAGGCUGUGAAGUGAGGCCAGGCCAGCCACAAAUCCUACUUGGAUGUAAUUUCAUGCCCGGCAUAUCUCUUGAAUCUGAGUAGUACUGACCCAGAAUGGUCGGUGGCACAUCAGGGUUGGUUCGAGGGCGUCGGGCCCUGGCACUGAUGUGCAGAGACAUGACCCCAGGACGUUCCGUCAGCUGAACACCCAUCGACUCGCAUGCCAUAUAAGGCAAAGAGAAGAAGGAAUGCAGCCCUUAUUCCUAGUAAAUAAAUUCACCACUUAGCUCCUCAUUGAGCGAAGGUUGCAUGGUGCUGAGAUUCCUGCCUGACCUCCCGUUCAGGGUGGAUAUCUGUGAGUGGGGAAAUCCUCAUCCCACCCUUGUUCCUCCCCAGAGAGAUGAGAUGGAGACAAGGAGACAUCCCCAGGGAGAGUUCCCGCCUUUGGUGCUGUCCUUCCUGUCUCCAUGCACAUCCUCCCUGGCACCUUUCCCUGCCCAUCACCCACUCUGAUUUGCCUGCCCAGCAUGAAGAAUGGGGGGAAGAAAUCCACCUCCCCCUGGAUGAUGGAGUGGAACCUCCUAGAUGGAGACAUUGGAGACGUUGAACAUAGCCCCCAAGUCAACCUCAUAAGCAACCGUCCAAAUCUGUGGGAACUGCAGAGUGAUGGGUAACUAGCGGAAAGCUCCUGCCUUGCCUUAGGGGCAGGGGAAGGUGCCUCACACCAUCUCAACACCAAGAGAAUCUUGUUCUGAGAUCCCUCGCUGCCAAGGCUGAGGAGAGGGAUCUGGGGUGAAACAGAACUGGAGAGCACCGCACCCAUCCCCAAGUCAUCUGCCUGUGCAGGGAAAAUUGAAGAUUAUGGGGCAAAGGCUCCCCCACCCCAUGUUGUCUUGUAAGUGGGGAUUGUUAAGGGUCCUGGGGUUACAAUGCAGGCACCGCACCACAGGCGAGCAGCAGCUUCUUUAGAAUGAAGGCUGGGUGCUUCUUGGAAUGUGAGACCAUCCCUGAUCUCCGCUUCACCAGAGGAUCUCUCCCAUUGAUUCGUGGCCGGGCCACUCUGUGGAGGAAAGAACUGACCCAUAUGAGACACAAGGGGCAAUAAAUUAGUUUCUGUAACCAUAGACUGCCUCUUGCAGCAAGUUCUUGGAGAUCCAUCACGUCACUGGUGCUCAAAGGAGUUGAUCAUACAGCUCUCAUUGGUAGCUAAGUGGGAGGGUGGUUAAAGCAGGCAGGGGGUGUCUGGACCCAAGGGUUCCAUCCCCAGCUCUGCCCUGGCUUGCUGUGUGACCAUGAGCAAGUCACUUUAACCUUGUUGUGCCUCAGUUUCCCUAGCUGCAAAAUUGGGAGGGAUGUUGUUAGGGUUGAUCUAUUAUUUGCACAGUGCUGUAGAGACAGGGUAUGUUAUAGAAGCAGCACAAGGUGGUAUAUAUCUAUUGCCUAUCACUGUACGAUGCCCCGGGGUGACAAUCUCUACAGCAUAGCAAAGGCUUCAAGUGGCAUCAUGGGCUUAUGGUGCCCCGCUGUUGAAUUAAUGUUAAAGCAGGUGAACAGGGAGUAAGAGCAUCAACAAAACUAUUUGCAUUUCCUCCAGCACAUGGGCCACAUUUCACCAGGUCACAAGCCACAGUCUGGCUGGCAUUGGACUUUUUCAUCCAAGAGGACCCUGCCUCCUGUGAUUCUCUACAGUUUAAAAUAGAUAAUGGGGGAGAGCUGGCAUGAGAGAGGCCUGCAAGGUCAUGGCCAUCAUGUCCAUUCUACACUACAUCCCAAUGUGCUUGUCCUCUCUUACAAGGGUUACACGCAGUUACCCAGGAACUGAAAGGGAAGUGCAUUAGCCUGUCACACCCGCCCACUAGUCCCCAACCAUUGUGCUGGAUUUGGGUGCGCAUCAUUUUCACUGUAGAGGACAUUUAGCCGGAGGGGUGAGUAACACUAGUGCAGGUAGCCUUGAAGACACAGACCCUGCUCUUUCCAUAGGGAGACAGUCUCCCGUGUGGGUAUCUACUCUUCAGGGUGUGUACUGCCUACAAGUAUGUGAAAGGUAUAAGCACCAGGGGAAGGGGGUCAUUUAGGAUGGUCUGAGGGUGCCCGAAAGCUAAGAGGAAUCGGAUGAAAUUGAGCAAAACGAAAUUUUAGGCUGCCUAUGAGCGAAAACUUCCUAACAAUGCUAUGGUCUCUUAGGGGAAGGAAUAGCCUCCCAGAUGGAAAGGGAGAAAGUCCAUUGUUUGAGUCAUUUAAGACUGAAUUUGGGCAAAGAAUUGGAGAACAUACCAUAGGGGACAAUCCAUCCCACAGUGGCAGAAAGCAUGGAGUAGAAGGUGGGACCCAAUAGGUUUCCCAUUUCCAAUUUCUCUUUGUCAUUCUUAAGCCACAGGUUGCCCUUCAGCAUCCCAUUUCACUUCUUCCUCCUCACUCCCUGGCUUUCUAUUUUGCUCCUCUGUCCCAUAAUUUUGGUUUACAGCAUACCAUGACCUGCCUUGCCUGAAAGGAGUCUAGGAGAGGCCCUAAGAGAAGAGACCAUCAGCCAGAAUCUUAUGUAACAUUACUGAGCCCUGUUGCAGGUCUGGCUGGUGGCUUCCCUGGUUUUUUUGGUCUGCUCCAUGGCCGUAACCUCAUGUUUUGGGUGUCUCAGGUCAAACCCAGUGUAAACCAGAGAGGACAAAAUAAAAAGUCUGGUUGGUGGGAAGGUGGGUUAGUCCCUCACCUAUAAAUCAGAUCCUGCAGUGUCGAAGGGGAGAAAGGGGGUGAUAUUUGGAAUCCUUAAAGCCAUGGAAUAUAGGAUUGGGCGGUAGAGAGGGUGAGCCUAGGGUUCUCACCUCUCGAGAGGGUUCGAAUAUCCUGCCUGGAACUCUGACUUCUGACGUUCCUUGAGGGCAGCUUUUCAUGAAUAUAUCCGUUGCCAUUCAUCAUAUGGGGCAUAGGGAGUGAGUUCCUCUUGCAGACUAUGAAGGAUGUAGCCAGAGACCUGUCACUUCGGUGGGAGGCUGGUGUCAGUGAGUUGCGGUUGUAAUGCACUAUUGCUUUGUCCUUGCAUUGUUCUAUCCCUUUGUCCGUGGCUCCCAGAGCACUUUGCAGACUUCACUGAAUCGUGCUCCAGAAUGCCCUUGCUGGGUAAAGCAGUAUUAUUGUCCCUGUUUUACAUGUGGAGGAAAUGAAGCAGAGAUGUGAAGUGACUUGCCUGUGUUCACUUUGUGAGUCAGGUGCAGAGGUAGGAAUAGAAAAACUGGUAAUGGCUCACCCUGGUGGCCCCAAUCUGUAUUUUGUCAUUAAGGAACACACAUCCUAUUAAGAUCAGUAUUCUCUUAGCGUUUCUGUCCUGUGCACAGGCCAUCUCGCCUGAAUUUGCAAAUUAAAUGGAAAAUGAUGAUGAGAAAAAGUAGUUUCCCAUGUUCAGUUUGAGCUGAAAAUUUAUCUCCUCUUAUCUAUCACAGAAAAUACCUCUUUAGCAAAAAAAAAAAAAAAAAAAGGCAGCUUUGGCUCAUGCUGUCCCCCUCUUGCUACAACAUGUUCAGCAAACUCUGUUUAUUGGCAGGAAUUUAGGGGCUUAUCGCAGCCUGCUAAUAAAGGGGCAUUUGCAGGAACUGGAGAGCAGCAAGGAUAUUUCAGGACUUUAGGACUCAGAAGCAAAAGUCCUACAGUUACAUGCCCCUACCCGAGAUCUAGAACAGAGCACAGCUCAGAUUGAGCAAAUCCCAUGCUACUUUUCCGGAGGAGCCUUAGUCACUGAGUUAGUUGUCAUGUGAAAGAAACAAAAAUAAAUAUUGACCGCAGGUGUGGCUAGUACUAGAGAGGUAGUGUGGUCAAAGAGCUAGGCUGGAGACCCGGGUUCUAUUCCUAGAUCUGCCACUAGCAUGUUUUGUGACCUUGGGCAAAUCAUUUCACUCCUCUAUGCCUCUUUCCACACCUACCAUUUGCCUUUGGGGGCAGGGACUGUCUCUCACUAUGUGUAUGUACAGUACCUAGCGCAACGGGGCCCUAGUCUUUGUUGCGGCUUCUAGUUGGGGCUUCAUAAUAUAAAUAAUAACUAUUAUACCUAGAAAAGUAACAACCUCUCAUUUAUAUACAGCAAAAAUAGCAGCUGCAUACUUAACCAAGAAUUGUAAUUCUGCACCAAAUCCCCAUGUCUUCACCUGGGUACAAAAACUGACCGCCAACUAUAUGCAGACUUACUAGUGUAUGAUAAUAUUGCAACGCAUACUUGUGUAUAACAGUACUGUCCCAAGAACCUGUAUAUAUGAAUGUAGACAAAUAUUUUACCAUGUGACCUGUGUUCUUAUUCUAAUCUGUAUAUAAUAAUACCCUACCUAAAAAUGUA